GACGAAAAUUUACGUCUAAUUUUUGAUAAUAUUAAUGUAUGGAAUGAAUUUACCAAUCGUUCACGGACUUUUACUAAGUUAGAAUUUAACGCGCAACUUUCAACAAGAAAAUUCACUGGCUUAUUCAGAAAUCCCGAAUUAACUUCACCAAAAGGUUUUCAGAAAGAAGCUGAAAAGGCAGUAAGGAGGGUAAAAUUACUGAUAAAUAGAAUUGUCAAUGCUAAUACCGAUGAGGAACUGAAGAAGGUGGUCAAGAAUUUGGAUAGAUUGUCUGAUGUACUUUGUUCAGUAAUUGACACAGCUGAGUUUGUGCGAACGGUUCAUCCUGAUCAAAAGUUUUCUCAGGAAGCCAAUCGAAUUUAUGAAUAUUUAUGCUCAUUUAUGAAUUCAUUGAAUACCAAUAGGGAAUUAUAUCAGGUAUUGAAACGAGUAAUGUCAACGCCCAGCAUUUAUUCACAAUUCUCUUCAGAAGAACGUCAAGUAGCUCAUAUUUUUUUGAGAGAUUUUGAAAAAUCUGGGAUACAUCUUCCUUCAUCAGAUCGAGUUAAAUUUGUGCAAUUAUCAGAUAAGAUUAUUGCACUCGGUCGUAAGUUCACACACAGUCAACCAUCGAAAUCAACAAAAAUAAUCGAAGUAGAGGCUUCACGUCUUGAUGGAUUGUACACCGGAUGUUCCACAAGGAAUGGUGAUACUGCUAGGUUAUCCACUAAGCCUUGGGAAGCCCAAAUGAUUUUGAAACUUAUAAAAGACGAAAAUAUUAGAAAGGAAAUGUUCAUUGCUUCGAAUUCAGCCACAAAAGAACAAACUGAUUUAUUAGAAAAUUUGUUGCGUACAAGAGGAGAGUUAGCAAGAUUGCUAGGAAUGGAUAGUUAUAGUCACAUCUUUCUUAUAGACAAGAUGGCUCUUGCUGACCUUUACCUCCUGAAAAGAGCCAAACGACAAGAAAUUAAGUGCAAAGAAUUACCAACUGUUAAUGCUUGGGACCGGGACUAUUAUACUGAAAAAGUAAAAGCCUCUUUAACGCAGCCUAUGACCCCCAUAUCUCCUUAUUUUUCUGUUGGUUCUGUGAUUCAAGGCUUAUCAAGACUGUUCUCCAAACUAUACGGUAUUUCAUUUGAACCUUCUGAAAUAUUACCUGGAGAAACAUGGCAUGAUGAUGUUCGUAAGCUUAAUGUAAUUGAUGAACAAGAAGGAAUGAUUGGAACAAUUUAUUGUGAUCUUUUUAAUCGACAUGGCAAAUAUUUAAACGCGGCUCAUUAUACAGUAAGAUGUUCUAGACGUGUUGAUGAUGACGACAGCAUUGGAGACAUUCCUCCCGACAUGGAUGUUUCGGAAAUAGGAGAAUUGGCAACACCAGAACAAGGGGUAAGACUUCAUGGUAGGAACGGAAGAUAUCAAUUACCUAUCAUUGUGCUUACAUGCGACUUUGCAAAACAAAAAGGAGAUGGUAAACCUUGUCUGUUAAGCUUAGUUGAAGCUGAGACUCUCUUCCAUGAAAUGGGGCAUGCUAUGCAUUAUUUUGUGGAGUUACCUUCAAUACUUAUGGAGCAUUUUGUUUAUUCACCUACUGUACUAGCGCUUUUUGCAAAACAUUAUGAUACCCGAAAGCCCAUACCAAUAGACCUUAUUAACUCACAUCUUAAAGCACGCACCCAAUUUUCAGCUAUGGAGACACAAUAUCAAAUUCUAAUAGCAUUAUUAGAUCAAAUUUAUCAUUCCACAUUGGCUAUGUCUCCUGACUUUGAUACUACUGCUAUUUUAGCUAACCUUCAGGAUAGCGUUGGACUAUUUCCUUCAGUUCCCGGAACUGCAUGGCAGAUUCAAUUUGGGCAUUUAUUUGGUUAUGGUGCAGGGUAUUAUAGCUACCUUUUUUGUCGAAUACUAGCUGGCAAAUUAUGGAAACAAGUAUUUGAAAAAGAUCCGUUAGACAGAGAAGCAGGACAAAGGUUCCGAGAUGAGGUGCUACGAUGGGGUGGAUCUCGGGAUCCAUGGUUGUGUGUUGGUAAAGCUUUACGAGAUGAAAAGAUCGCAGUUGGUGAUAGUAAAUCAGUUUCUUUGGUUGGAGA